UCUCUCAUUGUCUUUGGGACAACAGAGACACCAAGGUGCAUUUCCAAAGCCGUGUUUGCUGUGGGUAGGAACGAUGUCAAGUGGGAGCCAUUGGUGGACCCCCGGAAAGUGCUGAUGCCACCAAUGCACAUCAAAUUGGGCCUUAUGAAACAAUUUGUCACAGCUAGAUAAGGAUUCAGCAGCCUUCAAGUACCUUCAAGACUUCUUUCCUUAGCUGUCUCAGGCAAAAGUCAAAGCUGGUGUCUUUGUCAGACCACAGAUUAAGAAGAUCUCAUAGUGCAAGAAAUUCCCCAAGAAGCUUGCUAGAAGGAGGAAGCAGCUUGGAACAGCUUUGUUGCAGUGGUUUGGGGUUUUCCGGGUGAAUCACAAAGCCAAAAAACACGUGGAGCUGGUUGAGACUCUAACGAAGAACUAUGGCACAAUGGGCUGCAGGAUGUGUCUCAAAAUCCAUAUGCUUGAUGCACAUCUUAAUAUAUGGGAGAACAUGGGAGCAAGGGUGUCUGUCAUGCUGAAAAGAAUACAGAACAUCUGUCUUUAUGCUAUGCCAAUCGUUCAGCUGCUUUGUUUCAUCUUGGUCUCUACACAAAAUGCCUGGAGGACAUCCAGCAGGCCUUUGCUGAAGGUUACCCAAGUCGCCUGCAGUGCAAACUGAUGGAGAGAGAGAAACGGUGUACAAGUCUGGUUAAAAUCCAGGAAUCUAUGAAAGCAUCUCAUUCUAAACAUGAGACACCACAAUCCAACAAGAAUAUGGGUAGUAAUACCAAUGUCUCAUCUGCUGUGUCUGUUCACUUUACUCCUGAAAAGGGACGCCACCUGUUGGCCACUGAAAACAAGUCAGCAGGGGAAAUGGUGAUUGAAGAUGAGGCCUUCAGCUUUGUACUUAUACCUGCCAAUACACAGUACAAGAAGAGUGGCAAAGCCAGUGUAUUCACAACAGAGCCCAGACACUGCCACCACUGUUUGUGUGAGAAUUUUAACUCUGUACCAUGUCGGGGCUGUAGCUACGCCCGGUAUUGUGGACAGAGAUGUGAAAUAGAGGCAUGGAAGCAGUACCACUGCUGGGAGUGUUCAGUUGGUUCAGAGCUACUGGCUCUUGGCCUGUUUGCACAUUUGGCCCUGCGAGUGACUCUAAAAGCUGGAAUAAAGGAGGUCCAGAAGGCAAGAGAGAGUUGCUUUAACUUGGUUUAUGAAGUCCCAAAUGCAACCUAUGUUAAUAGUGAUGGGAAGUCUCACAAUGGCAAGCCUUGCUCCAGUGGGGGGGCAUUUGACAGUCUGGGCUUGGUGUCAGAACUGAAUGUAAGAGGACCACAGAUGUCUAACAAAAGCUCUCAAGGUUUUAAUCAUUCAAGCUCUUACCAUGGAAAGUCAUACCUGGGCGUCUAUAGUCUGUUACCACAUGUGGGGAAACAUAACCCUAACUUGUGCUUCCUGUUCGUGUUCACCAUGGCAGCACUCAGUCAGAGACUUUCACUAGAAGUGCCACCAUGCCAUGAUCAGGAAGAAGGGAGUGUGUGCUGGGGGUCUGAGAAGAGCCUGCUAGGAGCUACAGCUCUGAGGCACAUGCUGCAACUCCAGUGUAAUGCACAGGCUGUGACUGCAAUCAAAGUCCAAGAGGAUACUUGCCUACCAGUGCAGUCCAGUAAAGAAGUCCGCAUUGCCACUGCAUUGUUCCCCAUCCUCAGUCUGCUCAACCACUCCUGCCAGCCUAACACGAGCAUCUCCUUCAGUCUGGGCCUCAGUUUGUCUGGCUCUUGUAGUCCAGUGUAUUUUGCUUCAGGAGUUACAGUAAAAGUCAGAGCAUGCAGAGACAUUGCUGCAGGGCAGGAGCUGUUGCACUGUUACGGUCCUCACUGUAGCAGAAUGGAUGUUGAGAAGCGCCAGCGCCUGUUGCUGAAGCAGUACUUCUUCCACUGUCAGUGUGAUGCUUGCAAGCUGGAGCUAGCUGAGAGAAGGACAUUACCAUUAAACUUUAAUGGUCUUAAGUGUGAAAAAUGUGGAAGCUUCCUUAAGGUGAGUGUGGAUGUGCAUGUGUGUUCACAGUUGUCCUGUGAUCACCACAUUUCAAAUACAGAGCUGCAGAGAAGAAUGCAAAUACUACAGCACCACUUGGAGCAAUCUUUAGAACUCAUGGAGAACAAUCAAAUAAAUGGUGCCCUAAGUAUCUUGCAGAAAGCAGUCAAUCUGGCAGACAGUAUCUUAAUGAAGACACACCCUUUGCAUGGCGAACUAGCUGAUGCAAUGGCUCGAGCAUAUGCUACCAUGGGGCUUUGGAGGCAGGCUGCAUCACAUUUAAAAAGUAGCAUUGCUGCCGUUUGUUUGCAGUAUGGGAAGGACAGUGUGGAGCUCGGGAGACAGCAAUUUAAACUUGCUCAGCUACAUUUCAAUGGAGGAGAUCGGUCAUCUGCUCUUUCAGUAAUUCCUUUAGCCCGGCGCCUGAUCUCCCUCCAUUGUGACCCUCACUGUAAGGAGCUGCAAGAGCUUCAGGCUAUGGAGGCCUGCCUAAUAUGAUGUUCAGUCCCUCCUCUGUUUUAGGAAUGAACAUAAUAUUGUUUAAAAUGUUUUUAAAUACAUUUAAAUAUUAUUUUGAAAUAUUUAUAGUUUAUGCUUGAGUGUUUUACAAAUAGAAUACUUGUACUCUUACCUAAUUACAUUCAACAGAAAACAUACUUUUUAGUCCUUACAGUUUGACCUUCAAAGCACUCAGUACAAAUCUGAAAGGUCUCUUUUACUCAGUCAGUGACUGUAUGCAGUAUAUCAAUUGAAUACUCCUAUGCAUCUUAAUUACAUUUCAGCUUAGCAUCCAAUUAAGUUAAUCAGUGUAGAAAAAAAACUAUCAAGAAUUCUGCCAAUUCUACUAAAUCACCCAGUGAAAACCUUGCCCAGUCUCUGCCAUGACAAUCUGAAUCUCCCUGUUUUGUCUGUAGUGAUCGGUCAGUUGUAAUUACAAAACCAUUCACCUAAAAUGUGUUAUUUACAGUGGGAUGGUGAACUUGUAUAUUAGUUUCUAGCAUAAGUUUGCUAUGCAGCCAUAGGUUGCACACUCAUUACCUCUUUAUAGAUUAUGUUUGUUAAUAAAGUGUACAGUGUAUAAAAUGUGUUUUUGUGAGUUGGGCUUUACUAUUAAUCAGGAGCAUCAAUUAACAUUUUAUUUAAACAGUGGUGAUUAAAAACUACACCUGUGUUCAUGUACUUAGGCCUCUAAGUUUGUUCUUAGGCAAUUGAUUUUAAAAGUACUUCUGUACAACUGUAAGUAAAGCAUGUUUUUGUUUUCUUUGA